AUGCCGCUGGCUUCGCUAGCAGACCCAUGGAAACGCAUGGAAGUGGCUCAAGAGACUGAGGGAGCUGCCAGUACGGAGGAUAUGUUAGUAGAUGAUCAGAAUGAUGACUCUGUUAGAGAAGUUAAUAUUACAAAUGUACAAAAAGAAGGGGAAAAAGUUGACCAAUCAUAUUUUGACUUAUUAAAAGUUUUAGGACAAGGAUCAUUUGGAAAGGUAUUUUUAGUUAGAAAAAUUAGUGGAGCUGAUGAAGGAACAUUAUAUGCUAUGAAAGUAUUGAAGAAAGCUACAUUAAAAGUCCGUGAUAGGCAAAGGACAAAAAUGGAAAGAGAUAUUCUUGCUGAUGUAAACCAUCCUUUUAUUGUCAAACUGCAUUAUGCCUUUCAAACUGAAGGUAAAUUGUACCUUAUAUUAGAGUUUUUGAGAGGCGGUGACCUUUUUACUAGAUUGUCUAAAGAAGUUAUGUUCACUGAGGAGGAUGUAAAAUUUUACCUUGCUGAAUUAGCUUUAGCCCUUGAUCACUUGCAUGGGCUUGGAAUAGUGUACAGAGAUUUAAAACCAGAAAAUAUUUUACUUGAUGCUGAUGGGCACAUCAAACUAACAGAUUUUGGCUUAAGUAAAGAAUCUUUGUUUGAUGAAAAGAAAACAUUUUCUUUUUGUGGCACAAUAGAAUAUAUGGCACCUGAAGUUGUAAAUAGAAAAGGACAUGGAACUGCUGCAGACUGGUGGUCAUAUGGUGUCCUUAUGUUUGAGAUGUUAACUGGCGCUCUGCCAUUCCAGGGCCAAAACAGAAAAGAGACCAUGACACAGAUUCUCAAAGCUAAAUUAGGUAUGCCUCAGUUCCUCUCUGCAGAGGCUCAGAGUCUGUUGCGUGCACUCUUCAAAAGGAAUCCCCAGAACCGUUUAGGCUAUGGAACGAAGGGCAUUGAUGGAGUCAAGAAACACCCGUUUUUUGCAUCUAUAGACUGGGAUAAACUGCUGCGGCGAGAAGUCAACCCUCCUUUUAAACCAGCAGUUGUACGUGCUGAUGAAGCAUUUUAUUUUGACUCAGAGUUUACUUCUAAGACUCCUAAAGGUUUGGUCUACUCACCAGGCAUUCCAGUCAGUGCACAAGACCACCAACUGUUCCGAGGAUUUAGUUUUGUUGCUCCUGGCUUGUUAGAUGUUGAUGGAGGCAACUUGCCACUGCAUAUUGAAACAACUGAUAGCUUACUAAAGUUGCCAGGGGUAAAGCAUAUAGCUUUUACAGAUGAAUAUGAACUUAAGCAAGAUAUAGGAAUAGGAUCCUAUUCAGUAUGUAAAUGGUGUGUCCACAAAACAACUGGUCAAGAUUAUGCUGUGAAGAUUAUGGACCGGGAGCAACGAGACCCACAAGAGGAGAUUGAAAUUCUUCUUCGGUUUGGUCAUCACCCAAAUAUAAUUACUCUCAGAGAUGUGUUUGUAAAUGGGAAUAAAGUAUACAUGGUGACAGAAUUGAUGCAAGGUGGAGAACUGCUGGAUAAGAUCCUUAGACAACGUUUUUUUUCUGAGCGAGAAGCAAGUGCUGUAUUACAGAUUAUUUCAGAGACUGUGCAAUAUCUACAUUCAAAUGGGGUGGUUCAUCGUGAUUUGAAACCUUCCAAUAUAUUAUAUGCAGAUGACUCUGGUUCUCCUCAGGCUUUACGAAUUUGUGACUUUGGUUUUGCAAAACAAUUACGAGCAGAUAAUGGCCUCCUGAUGACUCCCUGCUACACUGCCAAUUUUGUUGCUCCUGAGGUUUUGAAACGUCAAGGUUAUGAUGCUGCCUGUGAUAUUUGGAGCAUGGGGGUAUUGUUAUACACAAUGUUAGCAGGUCAAACUCCUUAUGCCAAUGGGCCGAAUGACACACCCAGUGACAUUUUAGCAAGGAUUGGAGAAGGCAAAAUUAAACUUACAGAAGGCAAUUGGGACUGUGUGUCAGAUGCAGCAAAAGAUUUAGUCCAGAAAAUGUUGCAUGUAGAUCCACACAGGCGACUAACUGCAGCUGAAGUUCUAAACAGUAAAUGGAUUAGAGAGAGAGGAUUGUUGCCUUUAAAUGUUAAACUUACGCUCCAAGAUGCAAAUCUUGUUAAGACUACAGAUAGUACAAACAAAGAGAAUUCCAUGAGAUAUCAGCUGGAUUGCAUCCUAAAGGGAGCAAUGGUAGCAACAUACAAGGCUCUGAACGCACAGCCCAAGACAACCCUUGAACCUGUGGGAGCGUCUUCUUUAGCACAAAGGAGAGGAAAAAAUAGACCCAAAACAUCAACAGCUGUAUAA